UCCAGGCCGACAGGCCUUCUUGCGGCCGUGCUGCUCUUUUGUGCCUUGAGGUUUGCCCUGGAAGCGGGCCUCGAGUUUUUGCCUCGCCUCUCUGCGAAGCAGGUCCCGGGGCUCGCGCGUGUCACCUCCCCUCAGCGCCUGCUGCCUGGAGAAUCGCUGGCCUUGGUCACCGCCUAGUGGGAUAUAUCUGCAACUUGAAGGAAAGAUAAAGGAAAAAUCUUCUUUGGAAUAGAUGGGAUUUUGUCACUUUCUGUGAACUAAAGCGAUUCAAUGUCUCUUUUGGAUUGUUUCUGUGCUUCACGAACACGAGUUGAGUCACUCAGACCUGAAAAACAGUCUGAAACCAGUAUCCAUCAAUACUUGGUUGAUGAGCCAGCCAUUUCCUGGUCCCCUCCAUCUGCUAGAGCCAGUGAAGUGAUAUGCUCCACUAAUGUCUCUCACUAUGAACUGCAAGUGGAACUAGGAAGAGGGUUUGACGACUUGACCUCUGUUCAUCUUGCACGGCACACUCCUACAGGCACACUGGUAACUGUAAAGAUCACAGACCUGGAAGCCUGCACUGAGGAACGUCUGAAAGCGUUACAGAGAGCGGUGAUUUUAUCUCACUUUUUCCAACAUCCCAAUAUUACAACUUAUUGGACGGUUUUUACUGUUGGCAGCUGGCUUUGGGUUAUUUCUCCAUUUAUGGCCUAUGGUUCAGCAAGUCAGCUCCUAAAGACCUACUUUCCUGAUGGAAUGAGUGAAACUUUAAUAAGAAACAUUCUCUUUGGAGCAAUACGAGGGUUGAACUAUCUGCACAAAAAUGGCUGUAUCCAUAGGAGUUUUAAAGCCAGCCAUAUCCUCAUUUCUGGUGAUGGCCUGGUGACCCUCUCUGGCCUGUCCCAUCUGCAUAGUUUGGUUAAGCACGGACAAAGGCAUAGGGCUGUGUUUGAUUUCCCACAGUUCAGCACAUCAGUGCAGCCGUGGCUGAGUCCAGAGCUCCUGAGACAGGAUUUACAUGGAUAUAAUGUGAAGUCAGAUAUUUACAGUGUUGGAAUCACAGCAUGUGAAUUGGCCAGUGGGCAGGUACCUUUCCAGGACAUGCAUAGGACUCAGAUGCUAUUACAGAAACUGAAAGGUCCUCCAUAUAGCCCACUGGAUGUCAGUAUUUUUCCUCAGUCAGACUCUAGAAUGAGAAAUUCCCAAUCAGGAGUAGACUCUGGGAUUGGAGAGAGUGUGCUUGUCUCCACUGGAACUCACACAGUCAACAGUGACCGUCUCCACACGCCGCCGUCUACAAAAACACUCUCUCCUGCCUUUUUUAGCUUGGUGCAGCUGUGUUUGCAGCAAGAUCCUGAGAAAAGGCCAUCAGCAAGCAGUUUGUUGUCCCAUGUAUUCUUCAAGCAGAUGAAGGAACAAACCCAAGACUCCAUACUCUCACUGCUGCCACCUGCCUACAACAGGCCAGCAGCGGCACUGCCACCAGUGUCGCCGUGGAGCCAGCUGGAAUUCCAGUUUGCUGAUGACAAAGACCCAGACUGGGAAUUCUAGGGUUGCCAAAUCAUUUCAUGUCCUCUAUACUUGACAGCCUCUCCUUGCUGCUUGUCUUCUGUCUUGUUAGGUACAAAUGACAAAUCUAUACUUGAAAAUACAGUUGGUGCACUGGAGAACUGAUCAGUUAAACCACUCUGUUCAUGGGGCAUGGAUUUACCCUCUCUGCCCAGAUCAGAGCACCCGCACGACUUCACUGCCCAGCUCAGCUAGUGUCAGCUCGCUCUUCCUCCUCCCCCCCUUUCUCUUCUCUCCUCUCCUCUCCCCUCUCCUCUCCUCUCCCCUCUCCUCUCCCCUCCCCUCCCCUCCCCUCUCCCUCCC